UUUCACCUGUCCCCAACUUGUCAGUCUGUAUUUGUCUCUUACCCUACUAACGAGGACAGUGCGUCACCAUUCUCAGGCUAUGGGACGCCUUCUAAUAAACUCAGUUAUCACACAAAGUCUUGACUCGCAGUUGUAACCAUCGAGACGCUAAAAUCUGCAUGUUUAAAGGAGGCAGCUGAUAAAUGUAGAGAGAAACUGAACCAUUCUACAAACCUUCUCACCCAUUGUUGUGUUAGAGAGAAAGGCCAUUGACGCUACAGAAGCGGUACCACCAAAGCUGAUGAAACUAAGCUAACUACGUUCGAAAUUCGAGACGAGCGUCUCUUAAAGUCAAUGCGUUGCAGUGGAUGGAUGGAGGUUCGAUGGGCUAAUGGGUCCCUUCGUGCUUACUUGACCGUUCCAAGUUUAGUUUCAACGUUACGCCAGCAGUGUCUAACAAAAGUGUGUUAAUUAUGAUUACCAUUAUUAUAUGAGACGCGUUUACUGCCUAUGGAGUUCUAUUCAGCAUACACAAACGUAUCUUCGAAAAUCGUCAAGACUUCGUAGCGAUAUGUCCCGAUUGUGGUGCUAUUGUUUAACUCGAAUUUAUGGCCGAGAGUGACCGGCGGGGCCGGUUCUUAGAUAACUAGCGACUCAUUGGGUGUUGAUAAGAAGAGUGGGUCUCGUUCGAUGUGUAGUCUUAUAAAAGACGGCGAAAUCCCCGAGGAGGGAGAAAUCUCUGAAUCUCCAAGUCGGUCUUCAUCGGACUUCUCACCGUGGGAUUCUGCCUCGUCGAGUUACGAAUUACUAGCCAAAUCACCCGCCGACGACCAAAGCAAACCCAACGAAGAAAUCGAAAAUUAUUCUCGGUCAGGACCUUCUCAUUCGCUCAACGCACAGUCGACCUUUAGCUCAGUUCAGACGCAAGACCUUCCAAGCUCCCCGGUUGAGCUUCUUCAACAACCGGCAACUCGAACUUCUUCAGACGUUGAAAAUCAAGCUCCGUCGUUUAGCGAGCACAGCAGUGCGACCGUGGAGCCUAUUGAUUCGAGAAGAUUUUCAGCCGAAGAGCUCGGUACGCUGUCUGAGACUGAACUGGUCGUCAGAGAACGCGGCAUCGAAGUUGAAAUUCUUCGCCUCCGCGACCUGUUGUUGGCAAUUCAGCAAGAACGUCAAAGGAGGCUGCUUGAAUCGCUUCGCGAAGAGUAUCCAGCUGGUAGCCGACUCACCCGUUCGAAAGAUCCGAUACAGUUCUGCGCGAAUCGCAUGUGGGCGCGAGAACUUGCUUUAAUGGUUGAUGCCCGACGUCAGUCCGAGAUGCUGGCGGACCAAGAUGCAGUGAAGGAUCGACGGAAAAGCAUAACGCCAUCUUCCGAAAAUAAGGUAAGGUCGGUUGGUGGAUCGUUGGGAUCGAUGGGACUACCUCAGAUCGGUUCACCGAAUAAUCCUCUAAUUAAAACCCAGCAAAAAUGUGAGACGGCAGACACCGUUCCAAGAGAUCUGCUAGAGUCGGAAGAGAAACCUCCCCCACCGCCACCCGGUCGUCCACGAACCCUUUAUACGAUGGAUGCUAUCAAUGGACUCGUGUAUGAGGUUAUUGAGGUAGACUUGACCGCCGGCCUUGCCCUGACCCCAUCAGGAUCUUUGGCACAAACGAAAUAUUAUCACUCAUCUUAUGAAUUUUGACCCUGUGUAUUGGAUUGGGUGUUCUCUGUCCCCCUGAGGUCUGCAUCUUUAGUUAACAUCGCGGUUCAGACGAUGGUCUGGGUUGAAAUCAGGCCAAUCAGAACUACUGGGAUCGCAAUUAUCGAGUGCUACACCCAUGAUUAUAUCAUAUACAGCCUAAGCACAACGCCAUAAGCUAAACAUCAGAGACGAGUAGACGUGUUUUAGUUGAGCGCACUGGACAGCCCAAAGAUACGAAAUGCUGCACAAUGAUGCAAGGCCAAUUCCAAGGAACCGGCACCUGACUGUGACACCAUCAGUGCCGUGUUAAUGCUUGUCGACCCAGAAUGACAAGACAAUGACGACAAUACAAGCGACUGCGUACGUUCCCCGGAAGAGGGCGACUAAGUGAGAUGUUGUUUACGAGGGCACACUCAAACGGGAUCGUGUACAAAACACAAGCUUAAUUUUUGCGACGUGCACGACUCGAUAAUGAUAUUAAUCAAGACAAAGGCAGACAAACGAUCCAGUCAAAACGGCUCCUAGAUGGGGUUACUGAUGGCUGAAGUUCACUUCGAACCUGCUGAAGAUCAGCGACGAAAGGACCAGCAAGUGUCACGGCGCCCGUAAUAACAGAUGUUACUGCGAAGAUGGCGUAAAGAACUCAAAUAUCCGAAACGGCUAGUUCUAACGAAUUUACCGCCGUCGAUGUUGAUGUUCGACACAAUGAA